UCUUUUGAGGCGACUCAGUUACCAAGCCUAAAGCACAAUAUAUGUACUAUCUCAAGCUAUGAGGCUCCUUCCAAAGUUUCAAUGCUGUAUAGUUAGUCAAAAUUUGGAUUUCUCAUAUUGUGAAAACUCGAUUAUUACCAAAUCAGUACCACAGGGACCAGUCUGAGCAAAGUCUAAAGUAUUCUGCAAAUUGGGAUUUAUUUUAAAGCAUAAAAUUUUAUUUCUAAAACAUUCGAUUAUGAUUGAGUGUCUGCUUGAAGUAGCUUAGCAAAGACUCAAUGCAUAGAUCUCUAGAUAAGCCUACUCUUUGGUUAAACUCAAAGUUAUGUCAAAACCUUGAUUCUACUGAAUGGGAACAGAGCUUUGAAACAGUUUUCCUUUUGUAAUUCAGGUACUUUGCAGCUUGUGUCUUCUCAUCUGAGUCAGCAGGUUUGAGAGAGUAUAAUAGUCUAACACAUCUUUCCCUAGCCAUGAUGAUAAGAAUUGAAAUGCGUUCAAGAUUGUGAAACUGAGGAUCAAGUUAGAUCAGUUUGAUCAAUGAUUUAUUUGGUUAACCAUCUUUUAUGAUGAGAGUAAAGCCAUUAUCAUUCAUCAGACUUUGAAGAGAUUGUCUAUACACAGUGUAAAAGAAGUUCAUGCUCUUCUUCUACAGUUAUUCAGCUUGUUGUU